AAAUAACUCUUUUUUCUUUGAUUGACUACAGGUUAGAGUUGGUGUUAUUUCCUUCAGUACAGAUGCACGAGUUCAUUUUGAAUUGAGUGAGUCAAAUAACAAAGAGAUAUUGAAAUCAAGAUUAGACACAAUUAAACAGAUAAGAGGUAACACUAAUAUAAGCCAAGCGUUGUUAACCAUGAAAGACGAUUUGUUUAGCCCGGAGAAUGGUGGCAGAAGAAAUGUUAAAAAAAUUGGUAUAAUGAUGACUGAUGGUACUUCGCAAAAUGUGACUGCUACACAGAUCGCAGCGGAAAAAUGUCGAGAGGAGAAUAUUACGCUAUUUGUUAUUGGCAUUGGACGGAAAGUCGACUACCACGAAUUAGUACGAAUUGCCAGCAAGCCAACUGAAAGAUACUUAAAACUGAGUUCCACCUACGCUGCCUUAGAUGUUAUAAAAUCUGAUGUCAUUAACAACGUGAUAGAAGAGGAAUGGAAUUUACCAUUUGCCAUGGGAUUGAACGAAAAGCCUACAGAAGUUCGAUCUUCAAAAACUGAUGAAAAACCCCCGGAACUUGUUUCUGGUGGUAAGCCGUCUAAAGUGUUUGAAGUGGAAUCAGGAAGUGGGCUCAUUUCUGAAUUUCCUUCCCUUUUGCGCGUGAAAGAAGAUAUCGUCACAACAUUUGCUGGACCAGCCAUGCAUAUUGAAGCAAAAGUUUCCGGAAGUGGUAAAGGCCAACAAACUCGCACAGAUACUCGUGGUAAUUGA